AUGACAAAGCAGAGAAAAGAAAGCAAAUUCAUCAGGUACAUGAAGACACCUUUCAGGUUCCUGAUCAAGGUUAGGGACAUGUACGUCCAAGGCAUGAUCAAGUGCUCCAACCACUUAUCCUAUGUGGACGCCACCAUGGUAUGCCCCACUGCUCAGUUUUACGCCAUUCCUAGGUCCUUCAGCGUUAACUCAGCCAGAUCUAGCGCAAGCGACGUGGACUUCAAGGAGCUCAUGAGGGUUUCUUCUCUAAGGAGCCAUGGUCAUCGUGCUGAGUUGGGUGAAGCAGCAGUUAAAGUGUCUCGAUGUCGCAGCGUGGGAAUUGGAACAAUCGAUGAAGAAGAGCCAUGUGAUCACUUUGGAGAUGAUAUCAAGGUCAAGCCUCAUGUUUAUCCGCGAAGCAAAAGUUAUGCCAUUGGCAGAGGAGGAACAGGGCUAUUUUAA